CCGGGGCCGCUUGCUUCCUGUUUGUCCGACGAGGAGACAUGGCGGCUGCGCCCGCGGCGGCUGGGGCUGGGGCCGGCCGGGGGAGACGGUCGGCAGCAACAGUGGCGGCAUGGGGCGGAUGGGGCGGCCGGCCGCGGCCGGGUAACAUUUUGCUGCAGCUGCGGCAGGGCCAGCUGACCGGUCGGGGCCUGGUCCGGGCGGUGCAGUUCACUGAGACUUUUUUGACAGAGAGGGACAAGCAGUCCAAAUGGAGUGGAAUUCCUCAAUUGCUUCUUAAACUGUAUGCCACCAGCCACCUCCACAGUGACUUCAUUGAGUGCCAAAACAUCCUCAAGGAAAUUUCUCCUCUUCUUUCCAUGGAGGCUAUGGCAUUUGUUACUGAAGAUAGGAAACUGACUCAAGAAACCACUUAUCCAAAUACUUACAUUUUUGACUUGUUUGGAGGUGUUGAUCUUCUUGUAGAAAUUCUUAUGAGGCCUACAAUCUCUAUCCGGGGACAGAAACUAAAAAUAAGUGAUGAAAUGUCCAAGGACUGCCUGAGCAUCCUGUAUAAUACCUGUGUCUGUACGGAAGGAGUUACAAAGCGUUUGGCAGAAAAGAAUGAUUUUGUGAUCUUCCUGUUUACACUGAUGACAAGUAAGAAGACAUUUUUACAAACAGCAACCCUCAUUGAAGAUAUUUUGGGUGUUAAAAAGGAAAUGAUCCGACUAGAUGAAGUUCCCAACCUGAGUUCAUUAGUAUCCAAUUUUGAUCAGCAACAGCUUGCUAAUUUCUGCCGGAUUCUGGCUGUCACCAUUUCAGAGAUGGAUACAGGGAAUGAUGACAAGCACACACUUCUUGCCAAAAAUGCUCAGCACAAGAAGAGUUUGAGCUUGGGGCCUUCUGCAGCUGAAAUCAACCAAGCGGCCCUUCUCAGCAUCCCUGGCUUUGUCGAGCGGCUCUGCAAACUAGCAACUAGAAAGGUGUCAGAAUCAACAGGUACAGCCAGCUUCCUUCAGGAGUUGGAGGAGUGGUACACAUGGCUAGACAAUGCUUUGGUGCUGGAUGCCCUGAUGCGAGUGGCCAAUGAGGAGUCUGAGCACAAUCAAGCCUCCACUGUGUUCCCUCCUCCAGGCGCUUCUGAGGAGAAUGGGCUACCUCAUACUUCAGCCAGGACCCAGCUGCCCCAGUCGAUGAAGAUUAUGCAUGAGAUCAUGUACAAACUGGAAGUGCUCUAUGUCCUCUGCGUGCUGCUGAUGGGGCGUCAGCGAAACCAGGUUCACAGAAUGAUUGCAGAAUUCAAGCUGAUCCCUGGACUCAAUAAUUUGUUUGACAAACUGAUUUGGAGGAAACAUUCAGCAUCUGCCCUUGUCCUCCAUGGUCACAACCAGAACUGUGACUGUAGCCCGGACAUAACCUUGAAGAUCCAGUUUUUGAGGCUUCUCCAGAGUUUCAGUGACCACCAUGAGAAUAAAUACCUGCUACUCAACAACCAGGAGCUGAAUGAACUCAGUGCUAUCUCUCUCAAGGCCAACAUCCCCGAAGUGGAAGCCGUCCUCAACACCGACAGGAGUCUGGUGUGUGAUGGGAAGAGGGGCUUGUUAACUCGUCUGCUGCAGGUCAUGAAGAAGGAGCCAGCCGAGUCUUCUUUCAGGUUUUGGCAAGCACGAGCUGUGGAGAGUUUCCUCCGAGGGACCACCUCCUAUGCAGACCAGAUGUUCCUGCUGAAGCGAGGCCUUCUGGAGCACAUCCUGUACUGCAUUGUGGACAGUGAGUGUAAAUCAAGGGAUGUGCUCCAGAGCUACUUUGACCUCCUGGGGGAGCUGAUGAAGUUCAAUGUAGAUGCAUUCAAGAGAUUCAAUAAAUACAUCAACACGGAUGCAAAGUUCCAGGUGUUCCUGAAGCAGAUCAACAGUUCCCUGGUAGACUCCAACAUGUUAGUACGCUGUGUCACUCUGUCACUGGACCGAUUUGAAAACCAGGUGGACAUGAAAGUGGCUGAGGUCCUGUCCGAGUGCCGCCUGCUCGCCUAUAUAUCCCAGGUGCCCACCCAGAUGUCCUUUCUCUUCCGCCUCAUCAACAUCAUUCACGUGCAGACGCUGACCCAGGAGAACGUCAGCUGCCUCAACACCAGCCUGGUGAUCCUGAUGCUGGCCCGGCGGAAAGAGCGGCUGCCCUUAUACCUACGGUUGUUGCAACGCAUGGAGCACAGCAAGAAGUAUCCCGGCUUCCUGCUCAACAACUUCCACAACCUGUUGCGCUUUUGGCAGCAGCAUUACCUGCACAAGGACAAGGAUAGCACCUGCCUGGAAAAUAGUUCCUGCAUCAGCUUCUCAUACUGGAAGGAGACAGUGUCUAUCCUGUUGAACCCAGACCGCCAGUCACCUUCUGCCCUUGUCAGCUACAUUGAAGAGCCCUACAUGGACAUAGACAGGGACUUCACUGAGGAGUGACCUUUGGCCAGGCCUCGGGAGGCUGCUGGGCCAGGGUCAGUAUGGGUGAGGGUGGCUAUGUGUGCCACACACCCUGCCUAUUCCUUGACCCUCCCCUGCCUCCCUGCCACUCUCUGCCUGCCCCAGGUCUUUAGGCACAGGCUCAGUAGGAGGAAGCAUCCUAGAAGCCCUGGGCCUCUGGGUCUGAGGGCCUCAGUCAUUGGGGAGUCUCAGUUCCCUGACAGUUCACAGAUGAGGACAGGGGCGCCAUGCCCACCCUUCCCUCAUAACCCUGGGACUCUUGGCCUGCCCAGAGGAAGGAAACUUACAAAAAGAGCUCUGAGCUCCUGCCGGGUCUCUUGGCUGCCAGUCCUGGGUUAGGAAGGAGACGGGGUUCCCCCAUGUAUGAGCCAAGCCUCCCCUGUCCUCAGGCAGAGGCUCCUGGACAGGGUUGGGGGUACCAGAGAAUGCUGCCUUCCCUCAGGCCUACCCAUCUGUCCUUCCCUCGUCUUCCUUCAACUCCUCUGGUUCUGUUUGCUCAUUGGCCGCUGUGUCCAUCCCAGGGGGUUCCUCCAGAAGUUGGGGGGCCUUUUCUCUCUAUCCCUUGGGGCACAGGGUGGCUGUGCCUUCCCUGCCCUGCCCCAGAGCAGCAUCUCCUGCCUGAGCCCAGACACAGGAGCUUGGCUGGGAACUCACCCUUGGCCCCUCCUGUGUUGCCAAUUUAUUAACAGCAAAUAAACCAAGUAAAUGGAGACUAUUAAAGAACUUUAUUUUAAA